CGCUGACAGUUGCGCUCCCGCUGCGAAGCCGCGCAGCGAGUAGCGAGUGUGCGACCAGUGUCGGGCCGACCGGCAACGUGUGUAGGUAGUGUGCACGCUCUCGCGUUUAUCCUCACGGUUUAUUUCGAUACACGAACCGAGCCGAGUUACACGGGGAAGAGACGAAACACGGGGAUAUAAAGCUCGCGGUAGCCGUUACGUUGGAAUUCUGCUAGUUCUCGAAGGGGUCGUCGAGGGAAGAAAGGGAAGAGAAGAGGUGUUUUCCAAAAAAUUUUUCACGAAGCGAACAACGAAGAGGUAAAAACAAGAGAGAAUACGCAAAUAAUCCGUAGAUAGAGGAAUAUUUUUUUCGAAUUUACAAAGAAUCGGAAGGGGAUCGAUAAUAGUAUAAAAAUCGACACGUGAAAUAGAAGAAAGGAAAUGGAAGCCACCGAGUGGAACGUAACCGAGGAAAGAGAGAAAAAUAGUCGAAAUGGAUGCUCGAAAGAAAUAACGAAGACAACGUUUGAGAAUUAAAGAAGAGAAGAGAAAUCUUUGAAAAAGCAGCUUCGUGAAACGUACGAGAGGCGAAGAAGUAUUUGCUGUAAAAAAAAAGCAGACGUUUGAUAAAUUAUGUAAAAGAAAGUUUCGACGAGAUUUAGCCGCGUGCUAAAUAAAUCCAAAAACUAGAUAAAUUAGAUCGAUCUGUCUGUGAUUUGAAACCCGCGGAUAUGAAAAAUUUUGGAAAAUGUCGCUCUCCAUAAAAUAUUAAAUAAAUUCAAGAUUCGUGUAUAAAUGUAAAAAGUAAAUUUCACCAAGCAUCAACAAUAUUUCUUUGAUAAUCGAAGAAACGAUAAAUUGGACAGUCUCGAAAUAAAAGUAACAUUUCCUCAAAUAUUUCGUUCGUGAUUCGAAACGAGCUUUGACCCGCGCUUUUAAAAACGCAAUAUGGCAGAGCGUUAAUUUCGCGAACCGACAUUUAAUCUAACAAAGGAGGAAGGCUGCCGAAUAGAAAUCUCUAGAAUUCUCUAGAAGGCGAAUUGGAGUCGAAAUGGCGAGUCGAAUGAAAGCUUUAUACAACCAGGUCAUAUUCGAGAGGCGAAUCCUUCUCGGUUGCACGGUCCUCGUGGGUCUCUCGGUGUGCAUAUGGUCGGUCGCCAUUGGAACCGAUUAUUGGUUCACGAUCGAAGCCCCGGAUAAGAACGGUUUACCGAUCGGUGACCCCGCCAAAGGAAGAAGAUUAAUCUACAAGAAUAUGGGUCUCUGGAAAGGCUGUGUUCAAGGGAUAACACCUGAAUCUGAAAACUCCACGAAGUUGGUCCCCUUCGAGGAGUGCAAGAACCAGGAUAUGUUCCCGACCGAGAAACAGUUCAAAUUGAAUCCGGGAUUAAACACAGUAGUCAAUUAUUCGAGGACACAGGUAUCGUUCGCGUUAAUCAGCCUGUUCGUGAUGGUGAUGGGCUUUUUCUUCUCCAUCUACACGUUCCGCAAUCCACGAUACAUGUUCAAGCGAUUGGCCGGUGGAAUACAUUUUAUUAGCGAUCCAACAUGUCCUGAAACGUAUUUUUCCAAUUUUUUCCGGGGGGAUGAACGUUCAACGUUGGUUGCAGCCGCGUGCAACAUGGUGGUGAUACAAGUUCUCCUCUCCUCGAUCGAGUUCGAGAGCAAACACAUACACACAACGUUCCCAAAGGGCGCGAUCCUCAAGUACAAUUUCUCGUUGAUCCUCGCGUGGAUCGUGUUCCUGUGCAACCUUCUCGCCGGAUGCGCCUUCAUGCUGUUCUCCAGGAAGCGGAAGAGGGACAAGGCGCCCACCGAGGAGAUCGCGAUGGCCGACGAGCCGACCAUCAUCGGCCGUUGAUCUUCUUCUUCUUUUUUUUUUUUUUAAUUAAUUACGUGAAACGAUUAUCUUGUGAACAAUCAUCAAUCGCGAGAGGAAUAAUUUUGUGAUCGAGUGGAAUGUAUGAUUUAGAAAGACUCGAGUAGCGAUCGUUUCCAAGCCUCGUCUCUCGAUCGAUUAACUUUCUAUGAUCGAAGCUCGUCGUAAAAAAGAAAGAAAAAUAGAAAGAAAAGGAACGAGAGAGAUGACUCGAGCUUUUUGAGCGAACGAAGAGUUGAGUAUCGUGGUGCAUUUGAACGUACGUAUGGUUUAAUGAUUCCGAUUCCAGUUUUGAGAAAUGAGAAUACACAACGUGAAUUAUUUUGAAACUUUCGAUUCUUCAAAUUCUAUCAUCGAGUAGGAUGUGAUUACAUCAUAAAAAAGAGUAAUAUACCACUCUCUCGCUCUUUACUUUUCAAUAAAUAAUUGAUAGUUGAAACACGAAUGAAGACAGCGUCUUUUUUCUACGCGCUCGAACGUGUAUUAACUUGGCUCUCGUGAGCAUUGUUCGCGUGAAUUCGGGCGAGUGAAUCAUCAAUUAAAAGUUGAAAACAAAGGAUGCACCCUGAUAUCCAAUUAUCCUCCAACUGGUUCCAACAAUAACGCUCGUGGUUGAACAUUGUACAAUAAUUUAACCAACUGAUAAAUACUAUCGUUGUAAAGCUAUUUUUCUAUCAUUGAACUUUGGAAUUACCUUGUUGAACCCGGGACCAUUAGUCGAAAAAAUCUUUCUCGAAAUUCAAUUUUGCAGAAAAAUUCUAAAAAAAAAAGAAAAAAAAAAGGAAAAGCUUUCCGUGUAAAAGUAAGUUGAUUCGAUGUCGUGUUUUAAGAAAUAUCGUAUAUAUAAUCUCGUAUACAAUCGAACCAAAAAAAAUCUGCGUAUCACGUUUUAUAUUUUAUAAUGCGAGACCCGUAUUUUUCUACCCUCUUCGAUAACUUCGGCUUCGAAUUGUAAAAAAAGAAAUAUAAUAUUCCGAAUUAUUUUUUACUAACCGAUAAACGCGACGACGACACGAUUUUUUAAUAACGAGAGAGAAAUAUUUAAUGUCUAAAUAUACUUGUUAGAUUAUAGAAAUUUCGAAGGGAAACAGGCACUUUGUAUAUUAUAUCGAUAUAUACCAGGGCGAAUGUAUCAAGUUCAGAAACUAUCGUGCAACGUUAUACGUCGCACGAAGCGAGAAUCUGCGCUAAUUAAAAUAAGGAAACAAUGUUCAACUUGGAAACUUGGCGAACCAGUAAUUGCGGGGAGUUGAAUUAUCUCGAGAUAUUCUCGAGAAUGCUAGAGUUCUUCCAUCCCCGGAUAGGAUGGAAUUGUGUCAAAUUGUGAUUGAAAACAUUUUUAACGAAAAUGAUCGAUCGUUAAUAAUAGAUUAAUUAAUUAAUUUUAAUGAAAAUACUCGACGAACGGAUGAACGUUUGUCCAGAACUUUGUGCUCGUCAUAAUUUUAUAUACGAGUUUAAAGGAACAAUUUAUUUUAAAUUGUUUAAAUCUCGAUCGUUGAAUUUUUCUUGAAUUAUUAUUACUUUUUUUUAUUAUUUUUUAAAUGAAAGGUGCAAAAGAGAUGAGAGAUCUCGACAAAGUCGAUUAAAACGAUUCUAGUCAUGAAAAACUUUAUGUUUUUACCGAUUGUAACGAACGACGAAACGACCCACGGAAUGAUGAAGAUUAUUUUCCAAUCGAGAAUCUGUUUAAUAUCAAAAUAUAUCGUGCCACUUCGAGAGUGAUUAUUUAUUAUUAAGUCCACUAUGCUAGUCGAUAAAGAUAUAACGAUCGUAAACGUACAACGUUUCGCAUUAAUUUUAGCAUUAUAAUUACGAUCCUCGUUUAAACAAAGUUCAAAGACACGAAUCGUGUGUAUCGUCGUUGUGUGAUCGAUUUUAAAAAAAGAAGAAGAAAAAACAAAGUACUUACUUCGCCUAUAUAUAUGUAAAUAAUUUCACAAUCCAAUCUUGUACUCGAUCUCUCAAGGAUAUUUGAGAAUGGUGCAAUGGAGUUAAGUAUGAAAGGAUAAAUUGUCUUUGUAUUUAUGAAUAAUAUAUAUAUAUAUAAGUAUAAAUGUUUCCAAGGUAUAUUUUUUUUGAAACAGGAUAUAUCCAGGUUUCUUGCACCAUUCUCGUUUUCGUAAUAUACGAUUACAGGAAGUUCAGUCGACUUUCUCGUGUCGUAGAAGAAUCGAGAUUUUCACGACGACGAGGAAUCGUGUCGUAAAAGAAAAGAAAAAUAUGAGUUAAGAUCACGAGGAUAUUGGAGAGCUCGUGAGAAAAUGUUAAUUGUUUUUUUUUACAAUAAAUUCGUCUACACAAAAGGCAAAUUUAUAGGUCAUAAUUUCGUAUAAUUUAAUACUCUUAUCUACGCACUUUGUAGUUGCUUUGAGUUUCGAGUUUUGUUUUCCUUCGUAUCAAAGAUUUUGUGAAUCAACGUUCGCUGAUCGAAAUUAUUUUUAAUUUAUUGUUGAGAAUAUUGAUGAGAGAGAAAUAACAAUUCUAGGAAGAACUUCGUACGAAUUGUGAAAUAAAUAAACGCGAGACGAACGAGAUAUUUUUAAUUAAUAUUUUUAAUCAAAAGAGAUUUCAUCGAUUUAUUUUGAUUAUUUUAUAAAAGUAUGUAUUAGUGUAAUAAUUGCAUCGAUUAGUGAACAUUGAUCCUAUUGAAUGAAGUGCAAAAAAGAAAAAAAAAAAAAUAUCCGAUUGAAAGUUCCUUCGCCUUUUGCUUGUUCAAUAUAAGCGGCUGCCCAUGUAUUCUGAUAAAAGACAUCUACUUUAUACACGUGUACAUGACAUGAGAAUAAAUGUAAUUGUUCUUUUCCACGAUCGAAAUAAAGGGUAUACACAAGUACCAGUAAAAUGUU